AUUAAAUACACCUUGUCUUUUUGUACAUUUUUAUUUUUUUAUUUUUUUAUUUUUUUUAUAGUUUAUUAUGAUCUAUGUGGAAGACCUUAAAUCAUAUAUAUGUUUCGUUUUAGACCAUUUUUUUUUCUAAGAUUUUCGGCGUGAGUAGGCUUAGAUAUGGAAUUUCGGAACGAUCCCUUGUUUUGGAUGGGUUUUCCUCGUAUUGCGGUCUAGCAAUAGGAGCUGAAAGAUCACUGUUUGACACGGAGUUUUCUUUGUGAUUUUGGGAAAUAUAGUUGCUGAAACACUGAUUUCCAGAUGGGUCAUGCUUAGAUUUUGAUAUUAAUCACAUCUAGGAGUAUUGGAGUUGCAGAGCUAUUGUGGGAUAUUUGAGAAACUGGAAUUGGAAAUGGAGGAUCAGGCAGUUCUUGGUGGUAUAUCUCCUGUGAAUAUAUUCAGGGAAGAAGAUGAGGAAGAUUUUCGGAGUUGUUGCGAGGAUGAGGAAGUGUGGAAGGAGACUGAAGAAUCCGUGAAGGAAGAGUCAAAAGACGAUCUCGAUGAAUUUUCAGUGAAGAUGUUCUUCAAGGGCAUCUCUAUUGCUGACGUUGGGGACUCUGGUUCUGGGAUGUCUGGAAUUGGAGUUGUCAUGGAAAGAUCAGCUAAUGUUCCUGUUAUUCAGGUGCAGAAAAAGCUUGAUUUUUACGUUGAGGAAUCUGUGGCUGAUUACUUAGCUCUAAUGGAUGGUCUGUUGGAGGCUGCGCAAAAUAACAUCCGUCGUGUAUAUGCUUUCACUGAUUCUGAGUUGUUGUAUGAUCAGAUGACACACGAGGAAAGGCUCAAGAUUCCAAUUCAGAUAGCACUUAGGGAAAGGAUUCUAGAACAUGCCAGUACUCUUGAAGCUUUUGUUUUGAAACUUGUUCCCAGUUUUGAUCUUGAGCGGCCUUUGCAAUUAGCCCAAGUGGCAAUGGGUGUUGUCUCUUGUCCCUUCCAGGGUGAUAAAUCACUUGAAAACUGUUCUAUCUGUUGUGAAGACAAGCUCUCACUGAUGAUGGUUACAAUGAAAUGUUCUCACAAGUUCUGCUCAAAUUGUAUGAGAACGUAUGUUGAUGGAAAAGUGCAGUCCUGUCAAGUCCCAAUAAGGUGCCCUCAGUUGAGAUGCAAAUAUUACAUCUCCACCACUGAGUGCAGAUCUUUUCUUCCACUCGCCUCCUAUGAAUCUUUAGAGAGAGCACUUGCAGAAGCAAAUGUUCUCCACUCAGAUAGAAUCUACUGUCCAUAUCCAAAUUGUUCUGUCCUGCUUGAUCCUCAUGAAUGUUUGUCAGCUAGAGCAAGUUCAUCAAGUCAAUCUGAUAAUAGCUGUGUUGAGUGCCCAGUUUGCCAGAGGUUUAUCUGUGUGGAGUGUGGUGUUCCUUGGCAUUCUUCAAUAAGUUGUGAAGAGUACCAGAACCUCCCAUUGGAGGAGAGAGAUGCAGCAGACAUUACCUUGCAUCAGUUGGCACAAAAUAAACGGUGGAGACGUUGUCAGCAGUGCCGUAGGAUGAUCGAGCUUACUCAAGGUUGCUACCACAUGACCUGCUGGUGUGGGCAUGAGUUUUGUUAUUCAUGUGGUGCGGAAUAUAGGGAUGGGCAACAGAGCUGUCAGUGUGCCUUUUGGGAUGAAGAAAACUCUGAAGAUUUCACUCACUCAAUGCAAGAAUCAGAACAAUGGGCAUGGGAGACUUUUAAUUCCAUCCCUAUGAUUAUGGAUGCAUACUCAGACCAAGAAAGAUCACAGCUGGCACUGAUCCAAAGGUUCCUUGCUGGAGGUUUUGGUCUGAGUGACCAUCAGCCUUACCAAUCCCCACCCCGCUGUACAGACUCCUAUGUAGAUGCCAUGAAGGAUCUCCACCAGCUCCCAUGGCUCGAGAGAUUUGUUUCUGUGAUAAGUGACAACUACUAUGAAGAAUAUACCCAAUGAAGCAAUUGUAUGAUUCCUCCUGAAAUCAGGAAAUAAGCUGCUUAGCUUCCCAACAAUGAAUGCUGCAAGGGGUGAAAAUUGGAAAGAGUUUCUUGCUCUCUUCACUCCAUGUUCAUUUACACCCACAUGCAGAAAUUAGCUCUUUUGUAUGUAGUUUUCUUAGCCAUUACAUGCUGGAGAAUUGUGAUCCUGAUGGCCCUUGCAUAAGGAUUGAGGGGAAGAAUUUAUGCUUUAUCAAUUGCUUUCUUCUCGAAAGGAAACAAAAUAGAAUAGAAAACAUUUCUUAUAUCAGUGAAUUGAAGGGACAUUUACCAUGGCACUCAACUAUAGCCAAUAAAACAUAUCUUUCCGUUUUAAA